CUGCUAUUCUUCGACAUUGAGAAUUGCUAUUAUUAGGGCAAAGGUUUCGAGUUAUUCUCCAUCUCUGUCGUUUCGCCAUUAAAGUACGUUGGAACAUUACCAUGAAUUCGUUGAAAGAGAAAGCUGCCGACAAGCUCUCUCGUCUUUUUGCCGACGCUCCAUCCCACACCUCUAGGGACUCUUCCGUCGUUCUUCCUGACCCUGAGGCCAGGCCAUCUUCUAAGGAGGGUUUAAAUAAUUCGGAGAAAUCUGUAUCAUCAUUUAUUUCAUCACUUCUCCCCUCAGCAACCUUUGGUGGACGCAAAUCUAACAGACGUCAAAAUGACACCAAAUCGGUUCAAUCACUUCCAAGUAAAUGGAGAAGCAAAAGUUUUAAGUGGCAAGAAAUUCCACUUGAUCCCAAUGCAGAGUCUGGACCUGUAUGCAAUGACAAAGAAAUUUCAAAAAAAAUUGCAGAAGAUGGAGGGCAUGCCUCAAGCAGAAACAUUAAAUUUGCUGAUAAAUUUGAAGAAGCAACUACCUCACUUGUUCCACCGAAAGUUGUUCCUGAUUUUCUUGACAGUUCUUCAUUUAUUUCUUCUGAUUUGUACGAAUUCUUUCAGUCAUCUCUUCCUAAUAUAGUGAAAGGCUGCCAAUGGGUCCUGCUGUAUAGUACGUUAAAACAUGGAAUCUCACUGCGUACACUUCUACGUAAGAGUGCUGAUCUUUCUGGUCCUUGUUUGCUGAUCGUUGGUGAUAUGGAAGGUGCUGUGUUUGGUGGGCUAUUGGAAUGUCCCCUAAAACCUACUGCAAAAAGAAAAUAUCAAGGAACAAACCAAGCAUUUGUAUUUACCACUAUAUAUGGUGAACCAAGGCUUUUCAGGGCAACUGGUGCAAAUCGGUAUUUUUACCUGUGCUUGAAUGACUUAUUGGCUCUUGGUGGGGGUGGAAACUUUGCUCUAUGCUUGGAUGGAGAUCUGUUACGUGGAACAAGUGGACCUUGUGAAACCUUCGGAAACAUGUGCUUGGCCCGUAGUCCUGAAUUUGAACUGAAGAAUGUCGAGUUGUGGGGAUUUGCACAUUUGUCACAAUACCUUACUUGACCUGAGGCUGAGUUUCUUUACUCCAAUUAUUUACUUCAUAAUGAUGGCAUCAUUCUUUAUUCUUUCGUACACUUUCUUCAUUUUGGCCUGGAUAAGGCUUUUGUUGAGUGUAGAGUAUUAUACAUUUUCCCCCUUCUCAUGUCUGGAGAGCGUUUUCUU